CUUCACUUUAAUAAACCAUGUUCAAUAUUUUAUCUUAACUGCCUAGAGCAUGUGAACCAUAAGACAUUUCACAAAGGUGGCCAUGUUUCAAUAGAAUGAAACGCGGGGAUAUUACGUCCGUUUAUUGACUCUUAAGAUCACCAAUUUAUGAGACGGGUUAAUCAAUUUCGCAUGGACCACCACUGAAUCAGACAAGUCCAUGAACCACAAAAGUCAACCAGGUGGCCCAUACAAACAUAACACACCUGUCUUCUGAAUCGUAUCAACCAAGUCGCGACAUAAUUGUUAAAUAUCCGUGUCUGCAGGUCAUAAAGUUGAUGUUCAACGUUGUCCAGCCCCAUAACACCAAGGUACAACAUUACUCUAGCGCGUAACCACGUGGAACGUCAACCCAUUUCAAGAUACGACAUUAUCGGGGUCCCACGCGACAACACCAUUUGCCAACACAAUGUCAGGGACUGACAAGAAGCUACCGCCAACAGGCGCACAUGGGCGUCGGCCUACGAAUCCGACCACGUCUCCUACUCCAUCGAAUCGCGCGCCUGUUCGCUCUCCGACACCAUCCUCACCUUCGUCGCAACCAAAUGGCGGUCUCCCUAGGACGAGGUCGCUGCGCGGCAGCGCCUUGUCGGCUGGGAACCCAGCUAGACGAUCUGUUGUUGGCGCAUCGGGCUUGAGUAACAGCAGCAGCGCUACAGAUGCCGAGGAAGCUCGAGCCGAGACUAUUGCUGCGAUGGACGAGCUAAAGGAGAGGUUGCGGUUGUCCGAGAUCCGAGCCGAACAGUUCCAGAAAGAGACAGAGGUAUUACAAUCCAGGCUAGAAGAUGCGCUACAAGAGCAAGUGAAGCUUGAGGACAGAUUACAUGAGGAGGAGGAACGGGUCGAGUCGCUGGAGAAUGAGAAACGUGAUUCCGCCAGGCAGAUGAGGGAGAUGGGGGCAAUAUACGAGGCAGAGCGAACAUCAAUGACGAAGGAGAAGGAGGAGAUGGGUAAUCGAGAAGAGGAGAUGCAGGUGAUAAUUCAGAGGUUAAAGGAGAGUUUAAGCCAAAAGGCCAAUGGGGACGAUGAUGCUCGUAGUGAGGGGCGAGGCUUCAGGCACUCCAAUAAUUCAUCGCCGAGCAUCGAAAGCAACAAUCAUUUUGCUCCUCCGUCGUCCUUGAAUCGCAGCGAUUCUCGAAAUAACUCUAAACUUCUCCUCCAAAAAGAUCGUGUGAUCGAGUCCCUUCGGCUAGAAAUAGCGGAAGCCCAAAUAAAGAUAGUCGAAUCGGAGAACAUGGGUGGCGGCCGCAUACAAGAGAUUGAACGACAACUUCUAGAGACUCGGAUGACCAACGCCCGGUUGAUGGAAGACAACGAAAGCUUCCAACUCCUCCUCUCCGAGAAAACUCUCAACGGCGACUUCACAAAGUCGGACUUUGGGUAUAUGUCCUCUCCGGCCCGCGCCGAUGCCCUUGAUGCACUCGAAGGCCGCACCGGUGGCUCCAGUCUGGCGGACGAACUUUCUGAUGUGGCAGACGGCGAUAUUGAGGCUUAUCGACGCCUGGAAGCUGAGCUCAAGGCCAGCAAGGAACAGAACAAGGCACUCACACUCUACAUUAACAAGAUUAUCGAGCGACUCCUCGAGCAUCAAGACUUCGAGGCUAUCCUCGAUCAGUCCUCUGACUUCAAGCCGGGAGCUGCCGGAACCGUCCAAGCAAACACCAAUAAAGACCUUCCGCCGCCACCGCCUCCCAAGGAAGCCGCUGGUGGCCCAUCAAUCCUGCAACGCGCAAAGUCCGUUGUUGGCGGGACUCGUCCAAAGCCUCGACCAAUGUCCCAGAUGCCCGCCGCUCACUCGGCCCUGACCGACCCCGACACCGCACCCUCAAUCCCGUUCAACCUGAACCGCGGCGCGUCGGUUCGUAAGGCUAGGCCAGCAAGCGAGCAGAUAUCCUCGGGAGCAUUCAGCGUCGUAAACGCAAUGUACAAAGGCCCCACCGCAACUUCACCACCGCUUCACGGACCUCAGACGCCACGCAACUCGACGAGUUUCUUUGCGCCGCCGGCCGCAGCCGGAAACCCCAAUGCAGCAGCACGCGCACCAAGCGGUGGCUUCGCACUACCAUCUUCUGGCAAUUUCCCUGGCAGCCGCGUUAGUGGUACCAGUGACGGUGGAAGUACGACCAGCACGGAGACUAGCCACACCAGCCACACUGGCGAGGUGAGCACACCGCCACCUGGAAACUCACCCCCACGGGCGAUGGACAGGCAGGCUACGUUCGCUGGGAAUAAGCCACGGCCUCUGCGACUAGUACAGGACCAGGCCGAAACAACAGCCAAGGCGGAUAAGCGGGCGAGCUGGAUGGGAUGGGCGAUGAACGCGGUGGGUAAGAAGGAGGACGGUACCGGCGAGGCGGGAAAAGACUAGACGGCGUUACGGAUAUGGCGCUAGGUCUACAAUUGGAUUGGGAUCGGACGGAUUGGGUGGAUAUUGUGUUACUGACUCUCCUCAUUUUGUGCUUUGUAUGGUUGUAUCUUGUCGAGGCGGAACGAUUUGAUUGAACAAUACCCUUGAUGUGGCAUGAUGGUUUGAUAAUUUGUUUGACGCAGCGCAUAGAGCAUGAAUAUAUAAUGGCAUCUAAGAUAUACUAAUGUGUUAUUGAUAUAAUCCUGUGAAGUGAGACAGAUUGAAUUAUGCCAUACUAUUACCUGAAAAUCCUGCCUUAUCGACGCCGGUG